AUGCCGUCUUCCGCGUUCGUUGGUGGUCGAAAAGCCAAGUUUACGCCCGAAGGUCUUUUUGUGCGCGUCUAUGGUCACCUUGGGACAACGUGGCGAUACGGUGAAGUUCACGAAACACUCGGCGGUACUUAUAGAACGCUCGACGGAGUCAAUGGUCGGGUUCAGUUGGAGCCGGGCGUGGCAUCACGCAAAGGCUUUGCCAACAUCGACGACGCCAGCAUGUUGUUUGCUGACGAUGGGUCCAUUGCGCCUAGGAAGCCCGGUUCGGGCAGAGUGGACUCUUAUUUGUUUUGCUACGGACACGACUAUCGUGAUGCUGUCAAAGCUCUGUAUCGGGUGUCAGGCCCGCCGCCACUACUUCCCCGUUGGGCGCUUGGCAAUUGGUGGUCUCGCUACUACGAGUACACAGCUGACUCGUAUUUAAAUCUCAUGGAUACAUUCAGGGAAAAGCGCAUCCCACUCUCAGUCGCUGUCAUUGAUAUGGAUUGGCAUUGGGUCAGGGACCCCCGUGUCGCAGAGGCCAAAGCAUCUGGAUGGUCGGGAUACUCCUGGGAUACAAACCUCUUUCCGAACCCUCGUGAAUUCGUGGACGAGCUUCAUAAACGGAAUCUGAAGGUUACUUUGAACGAGCAUCCUGCCGAUGGCAUCGCAAAGUACGAAAAUAUGUACAAAAGAAUGGCCGAGGUGCUGGGACAUGACACGUCUCACGGCGACCCGAUUCCUUUUAACAUUACCGAUACAGGUUUUGUCAAAGCGUAUUUCAGUAUUUUACUGAAACACAUUGAUGACGAUGGCCUUGACUUUUGGUGGACCGAUUGGCAGCAGGGCACUCAUUCUUCCCUUCCUGGCAUCGACCCUCUUUGGGUUCUCAACCAUUUUCACUUUCUUCACAACGAGCGUCUGCAGAAGAGUCGCCCUGCCGAGGAGCGCAGUCACCCUAUGGUAUUCUCUCGCUAUGCUGGCCCAGGCAGUCAUCGAUAUCCAGUCGGGUUCUCAGGUGACACAAUUACCAGCUGGGACUCGCUCGGGUUUCAGCCUGAAUUCACCGCCACGGCUAGCAACAUUGGCUACGGAUGGUGGUCAAACGACAUUGGAGGACACAUGCAAGGCAAUCGUGACGACGAGUUGACCUCUCGCUGGGUUCAGCUCGGCGUUCUCUCGCCGAUCAUGAGGUUGCAUUCUACCAAAAAUCGAUGGGUUACUAAAGAACCGUGGAAACUCCCGACUAGCUCCGGACAAGGGCCGCAGGACGUCGUCAUCAACUUCAUGCGUCUUCGUCACAGGCUGCUUCCAUACUUGCACACCAUGAACCGUCGCGCUGCCAAACAUGGCGAGCCUCUGAUUCAACCCAUGUACUGGGAGUAUCCAGAGCAUGAUGAAGCGUACGGCGUGCCUAAUCAGUAUUAUUUUGGCUCGCAGCUGUUGGCGAUUCCAAUUACUUCGCCCCAGAAUCGCGAGACCAAAACGGGCAAGGUCAAGGGAUGGCUUCCUCCUGGCACUUGGGUCGAUUUUUUUACCGGUGUGGUAUAUGAUGGCAAUCGCAGCAUGUGGCUCAGCAGGACGCUUGACAAAGUCCCUCUCCUCAUGCGCCAGGGCGCUAUUGUUCCGCUAGAUGCUAGUCUUGAAGGGUCCAACGGCGCAGCGAAUCCCCAGGGCUUUGAGAUUGUUGUCGUGGCAGGCGCUGAUGGACAGUUUGAUCUCCUUGAAGAGGAUGAAAGCGCAGAGGGAGCUGCCGACAACGUGCCCUGGGUCAAAACAUCCAUUUCUUUUGAGCAGCGCCGGGGAACUCUCACCAUAGGGCCCAAUCGCAGCGGGGCGCUCGCGUAUUCAAGAACAUGGAGCGUUCGCUUUCUGGGUAUGCGCAAUCUCGAUGGAACUACUGUUUCCAUUGGUGGCGUUUCCACGACUUCUCACAGCGUAGAGCCGGCUGAGAAUGGCACCGUUGUGAAUCUAGGUCGCAUAGCUCCUGGUGACACAGCCAUUGUAUUUUUGGGUCCAACCCCAAAGCUAGCCGUCAAUAAUCCCGAGGCUCUCAUUUACCCUAUUCUCUUCGAAGCCCAAGUGGGUAUUCAGCUAAAGGAGAAGAUUGAUGAUAUCAUCAGGCCCAAAGACGUUCCUGCAUCCAUUCGGGUUACUCAGGCUGCAGCGCUGGACAUGGAUGAGGAUCUUCGCCGCAUUCUGAACGAGUUUCUUCUAGCCGACAGUCGCUGUUAG